AUGAACUUCUCCUAUCGCUUCAAGUACAUUGUCAUAGGCGAUCAAGGCGUAGGAAAAUCUUGUCUUUUACUCCAAUUUACCGAUAAAAGAUUUCGGGCAGUGAACGAUGCUACCAUAGGUGUCGAAUUCGGCAAUCGAUUCGUUACAAUCGAUGGCAAAAGCAUUAAAUUACAGAUCUGGGAUACGGCUGGUCAAGAACUAUACCGCUCAAUUACACGCUCAUACUAUCGAGCAGCAGCUGCAGCUUUUCUCGUCUAUGAUAUUAGCAAACGCAAAACAUUCGACCAUAUGACAAUGUGGCUGAAUGAAAUGCAAGAAUAUUCGACUUCCGAUAUGAUUUUUGUACUGGUGGGCAACAAAUGUGAUCUGUCGAAUGAACGAGAAGUACAAAAGGAAGAAGGUGAAGCAUUUGCACAGAAACAUGAAAUUAUGUUUAUGGAAACAUCGGCUAAGACAGCAACUAAUGUCGAAGAACUAUUUGUAAAUACGGCUUUUAAAAUCUAUGAUAAAAUUAAAACCGGAGUGAUUGAUCCAACGAACGAGUUGAAUGGUAUUAUGCUUGGUCGUCCACAGUUGAGUCCAGAUGAUUCUAAACAUGAUAACAAAUGCUCUCCGCCUCCAGUGAUGCCCAUCGAUGACAUUUGUGCAAAUGCGACAUGGCAUCAGAACGGAAUCAUUGUAGCUGGAGAAAAUGGAGAAGGUUCCACAUUGAAUCAACUCAACGGACCCGAAGGAUUAUUUGUGGAUGGUAAUGCUGCCAUUUAUGUUGCGGAUUUUUGGAACAGUCGGGUCAUCGUGUUUGAGUUGACUUGUUCUCAUAUGUCAUCAUUUAUUUUAGUAGGUGCCAAAGAGAGCAUUGUUAUCGCUGGCGGUAAUGGGCAUGGAGAUGAUAUAAAUCAGUUGAAGAGACUCGCUUCAGUGAUUGUUGACAAAAUCGAUACCGUCUAUAUUGUUGACUUUGAUAAUCAUCGCGUCGUGCGUUGGCUCAAAGGUUCCAAAUCUGGCAGUGUCAUCAUUGGCGGUCGAGAUAUUGUCAGUGGAAUAGAUCAAUUAUCUGGUCCGACUGAUAUGGCAUUUGAUCGGCAAGGAAACCUAUAUGUAACCGAUUAUGGAAAUGAGCGCGUCCAAAUGUUCACUAUUAACAAAAGUUCUUGUACCAAAAGCACGUCUUAA